UUAUAAUCGAGUUAGGUGGCAACUGGUUUUUAUUUCCCUCGAUUUCUCAGCCGCUCUGUCCCUUCUUCCUCUUGCAAUCUUCUUUCCGUCUGAGAAACUAAUUUCAGAGAAACUCCUCCAUUUUCUCUUAAUCCAAACAUGUUUUCGGUUCGCUCAAUCUUUGGUCCCCGGCUGAAGAGUUCAAUCCUCCUACUGCAAUCUUCUUCGGCUUCGUAUUCUGCUUCUUCGGCUGCUGCUAUUCAAGCUGAGCGAACCAUAAAUGAAGGUCCUAGGAAUGACUGGACCCGAGACGAGAUCAAGUCCAUCUACGAUUCUCCUGUCCUCGAUCUCCUCUUCCAUGGAGCUCAAGUUCACAGACAUGCUCACAACUUUAGGGAAGUGCAGCAGUGUACUCUCCUCUCUAUCAAGACAGGUGGAUGUAGUGAAGAUUGCUCGUAUUGUCCUCAAUCCUCUAGAUAUGACACAGGACUGAAGGCACAAAAGCUUAUGACCAAGGAAGCUGUUAUGCAGGCAGCAAGAAAGGCAAAAGAGGCUGGUAGCACGCGUUUUUGCAUGGGUGCUGCAUGGAGGGACACUAUUGGAAGAAAGACCAACUUCACCCAGAUCCUAGAAUACGUAAAAGAAAUAAGGGAUAUGGGGAUGGAGGUGUGCUGCACCUUGGGCAUGCUAGAGGAGAAGCAAGCUGUAGAACUCAAGAAGGCUGGCCUGACAGCUUAUAAUCACAAUCUUGAUACCUCGAGGGAAUACUAUCCAAACAUCAUCACCACAAGGACUUAUGAUGAGCGCCUAGAAACACUUCAGUUUGUCCGUGAUGCAGGGAUUAAUGUCUGUUCAGGAGGAAUAAUAGGGCUCGGAGAAGCAGAAGAGGACCGAGUUGGUCUUUUACAUACCUUGGCAACACUCCCUACUCACCCAGAAAGUGUUCCAAUCAAUGCAUUGGUUGCAGUGAAAGGCACACCUCUUCAGGAUGAGAAGCCAGUUGACAUUUGGGAGAUGAUUCGGAUGAUUGGAACAGCACGUAUAGUGAUGCCCAAAGCAAUGGUCAGAUUAUCAGCAGGCAGAGUUCGGUUCUCCAUGCCUGAGCAGGCAUUAUGCUUCCUUGCCGGUGCAAAUUCAAUCUUCACGGGCGAGAAGCUAUUGACAACUCCUAAUAAUGAUUUUGAUGCUGAUCAACUCAUGUUCAAGGUGCUCGGACUUGUGCCUAAAGCACCCAGUUUUGGCGAGAAUGCAGAAAAGGUCUAUGAGACUGAGGAAGCCGUUUCGAUUUAGGGUUAAAAAGAACCUUGUCAAAGGAAGUGUACGUCUGUUUCUCAAAGAAAGUGUGUAUGUCCAUUCUUUUAGGAACGUGCCUCCCUGCUGUUAUGGAGGAAGUAGAAUACUACUUUUAUCUCACAAUUUUGUGUUGUGGAAUUAGAAGCUACAUUCGGUCUCGUUAACUGGCAAUGUUGAGCUCAAGUAAUUUAAUGGUAGGAAUAAACUAAUAUUGAAUGAUUCUUCUGAAAACAUUAGGCCA